CUCGAUUCCCUCUCCUCUCCCUUUGCUCAAACCGGUAUGCCACAGGCCGCAAUCACUGUCGUAUCCGACCAUGUAGUAACUUUGCGACAGGCCUGUCUCGACCUGCUAUCCCAGCUCGAUAGUCUUGCCUCGCACCACGGCGGCCUUGAGAUGCAUUUAGCCUCCAUCCACGCAGUCUGUCUCAAAGUAAGUUUACUAAGUUAA